AUGGCAAAUGCAGAUCCGCAACAGCUUGCAGAUCCAAUCUCCGGAAACUCACAAAACGCCUCACAUGCUGGAGAUAUAUCUGCAUCACCACUGCAUAAGAGGACCUAUCAAGCCUGCAUUCCUUGCAGGAAGAGAAAAGUUCGCUGCGACCUAGGACCUGUUGAUGAACCUCACGACCCUCCGUGUGUCAGAUGUCGUCGCGAAGCCAAGGAAUGCUACUUCUCCGCCACCAGGAGAAAACGGAAGGCCGACAGCGAGGAUGGCCAAUCUGCGGGAGACGGGCCACCAGACGAGGAGUUUGCGGCACACCUUGCCAGAAAAAAGAGUGUUAGGACUUCUGGCUCUUUCGAUCAACAAUCAUUACCAAAUGGCCAACAGUCGUUGACCUCGGGACCUCUACCUGCUACCUCACCUCUGGAUGGAUACGAUCUACCCAGGCAGAGACCUCUCCAGCAAGACAGCCCUUACGCUACGAAAAUACAGCUGGGUAAGGCCGCAGAUGGCCAGGAUCAGGAAGUCUCCAAUGAAACUGCUGCCGCACUAUUUCAGAGCCCUAUCAACGUACCCGGCGAUGCGUUGCAUCUGCUCCUUAAAGCUUCCGAUGAAAGCGAGCAUAUGCAGCGUAAAGAUACAGCAAGCCUAGGAGAACGGUCGACAAACCAGUCCGUGCGAACUUCGAACAUCAUGCAUGGCAGAUACAAUUCCGGGCCUUCGUCACACGGCCAAGCAGGGCAGAAUUAUCCUUUGAAUAUAGACCCAGCAAUUUCAGGAAGCAACGCAGAUGUUGACGACACUCCUAUCCCAAUAGAAGCGCUCAGACUGUGGUCGCGGCUGAGGUUCGUCCGUGCUGGAUGGUUCACCGCCAAAGAAGCAAUAUCGUACAUCGAUUACUUCUACAAAUGCCAUUCGCCUCUUACCCCAAUUAGUCUGCCGGCGUUCGAUUCACAUGCAGCCUAUUCAAACCUUGUCAAUGAUGAGCCAAUGCUUACAGUCACCGUGCUUACAAUUGCUUCUCGAUACAUGGAACUCUCAGGCCCAGGGGGCAAGACUCGAUCAUUCAUGAUCCACGAGAGGCUAUGGUCGUACCUGCAAAAUAUGAUCACGCGCAUGUUCUGGGGACAGGAGCAGUUCGGAGGAGGCUUUUGUGGCGCAGGUACCCGAAGACCAGGUCAGCCCAAUUCUGGAAAGGGAGGACUGCGAACGCUUGGCACUAUUGAGAGCCUCCUUCUGUUGAACGAAUUCCAUCCUAGGUCCAUGCAUUUUCCGCCCAGGGACGAUGACGAUGACAUCUUAGCUCCUGCAGAUGAGGCUGAUACUCCUGCGGAUGAAAAAGCCCUAUAUUUGGGCUCCACGUGGAGCGAGCCAGCUGUACGAUCAGACCGAAUGUGCUGGAGCCUUAUUGGAACGUCAUACGUCCUAGCAUAUGAGCUCGGCAUCUUCGGUACUUACUCCGACGGGGUUCUUUCUGUUGAUGGAAUAGUGAAACGGAAAGGUGGAGCGACUGAGUACAAUAAACGAGCGGACAGAAUUGAGCGAAUGCUCUACGUUUUUGUUACGCAAGCAAGUGGCAGAUUUGGGAUUCCGAGCAUGUAUUCAGACCAGAUCAACCAGUUCGCAAUCGAGAGUGUGAAAGAAGGCUUUGUCUCAGUGGACUCGACCAUGCUCAAGGAUCCUGUAGACAGGACUCAGCAAAGCUGGCUUGAGCUGAUGAUCAUAAUGAAAGACUGCAACGACCGGCUAUUCUCGUCUAAAGAUCAAACCACAAAGCUGGUCCAGACUGAAGCCUACAUCGUAGAACUUCACCAACUUCAGCCUCUCCUUUAUUCAUGGCAAAAAAGGUUCAACGCUCUGGAUCUCCCAGUAUACCCCAGAGUCAUCCUUUCGAUCGAGUAUCAUUACAUCACUCUCUACAUCAAUUCCCUGGCGCUUCAAGCUGUGAUGGAGCAUUGGGCUGCGAAGGCCAAUCCACUUCCCCAAGGCGAAAGCCCGCAGUCACCCGUUUCCACCAUGUCCUCAUCCUAUGCAAGCGUCUACAAUCGGAACGAGCCUUACAUUCGAGAGGUAAUUGAUUCCUCGAGAACAGUCUUACGGCAUGUGUUGGACGUUCUUCUCCCAGAUGACCAUCUCAAGCAUGCUCCUGUGCGGACUUAUUUCCGAAUCAUUUCCGCUGCUAUGUUUCUUCUAAAGACUUUCGCCCUCGGCGGGAAAGAGGACGAAGUAGCAGUAUCGCUGCGCCUUUUGAAAGAUACGGUCAAAGCCUUGCGUACCAGCGUAGUCGACGACGUUCAUCUCUGCCUACGCAUUGCCGAUGUUCUCGAGAGCUUGAUAAAAGCAAUUAACACCCAAUUUGUCAGACUACCUCCGGGGUCUCUAUCUACCCCAGAGCAAGCAAAGCGUACCACCCAUCUCAGUGAGCAGCAAGCCCACUUUGCUUCCGAUGGGUAUCAAACCGGCACAAAGAACUUUAACCCUUCUGAUCGAUUCCAAUACGAUGAUAGACAAGGUCCGCUUGCAGGUAUAUCUCGCACCUACAAUUCCCCUCACGACAGCAAUAUAUCCAUUAUGCCGCCCAUUGGGAACAACUAUGCUUCCUUCAAUCCCAACAACAAUUUCGUCAACACUUUCACGCAGUCCCCUAACCAAAACCAACACCAUAACCAGCCACAGCAACCCUUCUAUUCAAACGGUGAUGACCCCAUGGCUUUCCCUUCGGACUGGCUCACACUUGAUCUUCAACCACUGCUUGGGAAUGACGGUAUGGAAGGUGGGGAUAACCCGUGGUUUGGCGCCUUCGGGCCCGAAACGCAUAACAACCUUGAAGUGUUGGGUAAGCUGGUUAACGAUAGUGGGUACAAAGGCGAUGGGUUUGGGGAAGGCGCGAUGGAGUUUUGA